AACCUUAAAUGGUUGCACGCAACUCGCGUUCGAAAUAAACGCUCGGGCUACCAGUUGCCAUGUGAGGUCGUCCUUUUCUGCUUGGAAUAUUCGAAGAAUCCACCAAUCAGCAUGCAGAUCUUUGUGAAGACCCUGACGGGCAAGACCAUUACGUUGGAGGUGGAGCCCUCCGACACCAUCGAGAACGUCAAGGCCAAGAUACAGGACAAAGAGGGUAUUCCUCCAGACCAGCAGAGGUUGAUCUUUGCCGGCAAGCAGCUCGAGGAUGGACGCACACUGUCAGACUACAACAUCCAAAAAGAAUCCACCCUCCAUCUUGUGUUGCGUCUGCGAGGUGGGAUCAUUGAGCCCAGCUUGAAGAUUCUGGCCAGCAAGUACAACUGCGACAAGAUGAUCUGCCGCAAGUGUUACGCUCGCCUGCACCCCCGCGCCACCAACUGUCGCAAGAAGAAGUGUGGCCACUCCAACAACCUCCGCCCCAAGAAGAAGCUGAAGUAAGCUGCUCGUCAACCUCUGUCCCAGACACCGGAGCACAGACCCUCACGUUUCAUUGUCACAACUUCAACGCAGCUAAUCUCAAUAUUUCCUUCAACUUUAGAAUAUGCUACAAUGCACAUGUACCCAAAAACAAAAUCGUCAUGAAAGCCAGACGACAUUGUGUUUUUAAUGAAAUCGUUUUUUUGUCAUGGCUAGUUGGAACAUGAAAAAGGCUAACAGUAACCUCAAAGGUUAACUGUAACCUCAAAAGGUUAACUGUAACCUCAAAAGGUUAACUGUAACCUCAAAAGGUUAACUGUAACCUCAAACUUGAGGUAUGGAUUGUGAAAUAAAUGUUUAACAGACAGGUAAAUAAAUUCAAAGGCGUGGAAUAAACAAA